CCCGUCCAGAUCAGUAGAAGAAAGCAAAACCUAUUGCGACCAAUUGAAAGACAAAACACCACGCGAAGGCUGAGAGAAAGAUGACUGAAAUUGAGGACACAGCGUGGGCAAAAAAGGCCACCGCCAAACGUGCCGCCCUGACGCAAUCAAUUCCACCAGCAUUUCGCAUCCCUGCCGACAUCCUACCACCAGAAACACAGCUAGAUAUAUCCCGAUUUCCAGCAGAGUCGAAAUGGUUCACGGCAGAGGAAUUGGAGAUAACUUCGACAACUGCGCCGGCGUUGCUUGAGAGGAUUGCCAACAAGGCGUGGUCUGCCGAAGAUGUUAUUAAGGCUUUUUGUAAGAGGGCGGCAGCGGCUCAUCAGCUUACGAACUGCCUGACCGAGGUCUUCUUCGAUGAAGCAAUUGAAACCGCAAAGGCCCUCGAUAAGCAUCUUGCGAAGACCGGAAAGACAAUUGGACCUCUCCACGGCCUGCCAAUAUCGCUGAAAGACAACUUCAACCUGAUUGGGAAAGACAGCACUGUAGGCUUUACAUCAUGGGUGAACGAUCCGCAGACAUACAAUAGUACACUGGUUGAAUUGCUCCGAGACGCUGGUGCCGUAUUUUAUGUUAAAACGAACGUGCCGACAGCCAUGAUGAUUGCAGAGACGGUGAACAACGUUUUCGGGCGAACCGUAAACCCAUUAAACCGGGCACUAACCUCUGGGGGUUCAUCUGGGGGUGAAUCGGCGUUGAUCGUCUUCGGUGGGAGUCCUUUGGGGAUAGGGACAGACAUUGGUGGUUCUCUUCGAAUACCUGCAGCAUGUACUGGCAUCUUCACGCUGCGUCCUUCUCUCGGCCGUUUUCCUACCCUCCGUGCGCGUUCUGGUCUUGCGGGUCAAGAAGCGGUUGCUAGCGUCAAUGGACCUAUGGGAAAGACCCUUGACGAUAUUGUGCUCUUCUCAAAGACAGUUGUUGGGCUUGAACCAUGGAUGCAAGACCCAAAAUGCCUUCCGAUCCCGUGGCGUUCUGUUGAGCCGAAGACAAAGCUGAAGAUCGGUGUGAUAUGGAAUGAUGGAAUAGUCACACCCACUCCGCCAGUGCAGCGAGCACUACGAGAAACCGUGGAAAAACUGAAGAAAGCGGGACAUGAGGUUAUAGAUUGGGACGCGAGUACGCACAAGCAGGCCGUCAGCCUUAUACAACGAAUGUUCGUCGCAGAUGGCGGCAAAUCCGUGCGCCAUAUUCUGAAGCCUACCGAUGAGCCUUUCCGGCCAGAGAUGAGUGCAUAUGCAAGUGCUUCAGAGAUGGGCGUGCACGACCUGUGGCAGCUACACCUAGAGCGAACAGACUUCCAAAAAGCGUAUCUCGACCAAUGGAACUUUCAUGGCAUGGACGCUCUUCUGGGUCCGACUACCCCGUACGCAUCCGUUGAAAGUGGGAAGUUCAAGCAUGUAGGCUACACUGGGACCUUCAACGUCCUUGACUAUUCCGCUGUUUCUUUUCCUUGCGGCGUAAUAGCAAACAAAGAGGUAGACCAGUAUGGUUCUGACUACCGACCUAUGACCGAGACAGAUAAGGAAAUUCGAGACGAAUAUAACGAAGGCCUUGUGCAUGGUAUGCCUGUGAGUUUGCAACUGAUAGCGAGAAGACUAGAAGAAGAAAAGGUUCUUGCUAUGACGAAGACCGUUCUUGAAGCGUUAUAGCCUAAGAUGUAGUCUCUUAUUUAAUCAAAACGUUAAGUAUCUUGAAAGACGCAAGGGUUGAUUGGGGCUCGUCGCUCAUUCCUAGAUUCAUUGGGAAAGAGCGGUGGCGGUACACAACAAUUGGCAAGCAGCCAUCUCACU